CACAUUUUAUCUUGUUUCAUAUUGUCAAUAAAUGCACUCGGUACCUGCAUGGCGUGACAGUAACUAUUACUAAUUUUAACUUUCCCAGGGUCUUUAUAAUGUGCGCAUGUGCGGUCUUAUUGCAUUUGCCCUUAUGCGAACAAAGUGGUUGUGUUGCAGACUGGUUGGUUCACUAUUGUGGUUCACUAUUGUGAAACUUGAAAUCCAAGAUGGCUAUUAAAACUGUUGGCAUCGUUGGAGCUGGUGCUAGUGGAUUAGUGUCAAUUAAAAGCUGUUUGGAGGAAGAUUUGCAGCCCAUAUGUUUUGAAAGGUCUUCAGGGGUUGGGGGAUUGUGGUACACCGAAUCAGCGAAGAAAAAAGAUGGUUUCAAUUAUUCAUUCAAUUCUCUUACUACCAACACGAGUAAGGAGAUGAUGAGUUUGAGUGACUUUCCAUACCCUGAGGAAUAUCCACUUUUUCCAACUCCAAGACAAAUAGAAGCGUACUACCAGAAGUACGCUGAUCACUUCGGUUUGAUGAAAUACGUGCGCUUGAACCAAAAUGUAAUAAAUAUUGUGAGUAUUGGAUCUGGAAGGUGGAAAAUUAAGUCCGAAAACAUCGACAAUCCCGAUGAUGUCAGCGAAACCGAGGUAGACGCGCUAAUAGUUUGUUCGGGUCUUCAAUCGGUCCCCUACAUGCCGGAUAUUCCGGGGGCAGAAGAGUUCACUGGAGAGCUUAUACAUUCACAGUACUUCAGAAGAGGCUCGGACUAUGCAGGAAAAACUGUUGUAGUUCUUGGGGCUGCAUUCUCUGGAGGAGAUAUUUCUGUUGAUUGUAGUCGUUAUGCGAAAAUGACAUAUAUAAGUACUCGCAGAGGAUGUUGGGUGUUACGAAGAACAUUCGCAGGCAAAGGACCCUGGGAUACACACAUUCUUAGCCAAUGGUUCAACUACAUGCCAGAGUGCUUUCAAGAACUGUAUAUGGAGAGGGUCAUAAGGCGUGCUGUGAACCACGAGGCUCUUGGUUUGGAGAGUGACAUCCGCCUCUACGCAGGAGCGACUAUUAUGAUAAAUGAUUCUAUAGAUAAUCAAAUAUACUGUGGCAAAUUAAAGGUUAAACCUGGAAUAGAAAGGCUGACAAAAACAGGUGUUGUGUUCACGGAUGGUUCCCGCGUGGACAACGUUGAUGCGCUGAUUAUAGCGACCGGAUAUAACAAGAGGUUUCCGUUCAUAGAAAGUAAAGAAAUCAGAGAUUCUAUGGAGGAACUUCAAUUGUACAAGUUCAUUUUCAACCCAGAUGUACCUACUCUCGCUGCUAUCGGUCUCUUCAAAGGUCUUGGGCCUCAAGCAUAUGCAUAUGAGAUGCAGUCUCGUUACGUUGUACGCAUUUUAACUGGGAAAUUGAAAUUACCAUCAAAAGAUGCGAUGAGAAAAGACAUCAAAGAAGUAUCAGAAAUUAACAUAAAAGAUCAUGGCCACGUUCAUGCAUAUGUGCUUUGGAUGCCGUACAUACUCGACCUCGCACGGAGAAUUGGCGUUCUACCAAGUUUCUGGAGUUACAUAUUCACGAGCCCUAGAAUUGCGAUGAAGCUUGCUUUUGGCACGAUGUAUCCGUACAUGUUCCGUAUUCAAGGACCGCACUCAUGGAACGGCGCGAUGGAUGCACUGCUAGCUGGUCCGCGAAAAACAGUGAUGGCAACAAAAACGCGUGCUUCUAAAGUGCCCUAUAGAAACUUUCUUCACACUUUGGCUCAAGUAGGCCUAGUAUUCGGUGUGCUGUUUGUUGCUGUGAUGUUGGGAUUAUAUUUUAAGAUGUAGCAACGUACAUACACAUACAUUUAAGCUAAUAUAUGGAGGUUCUGACCCUAGUCCCCAAGUAUUCACUGAAUCCUGACUGUUGUAGUGUUGUCGCCUCAUUCUAUGUAGCCCACAACAUAGCCUAGAUCUUGAUAAAAUCAUACAAGAGUGGCGCCAGUGGUGUGUGUGUGUGUGGAGAGGGGUGGGGGUGGUGAGGGAGGAACAAAUUCGUCGGAGAGAAAAAGAAAUUGUAUGCAUUUUUUACAUGUAAAAUUAAAUAAGCCCUGAAAUCAACGUCACCCCAUAUAUUUAAGACUUGUGAUGUCGUACGUCUAAGAUCUUACCGUGUAAGAUCCCACCUGUAGUCAUUUUAUACUUAGGCAAGCCUGUUUAUAUAGAGACACUGAGUUCAAUCUACAAGGAAAUGUCGUAUGUAUUAUGUAUGACGAUAAUAAAUGAAUCUUGAAUCUUG